CCAUUACACUGUAUAAGCAAAUGUAUAGAUUUGUGUUUUGUAAACCUAUACAGAUUAAAACAGAGCCAUUCAAAAUACCUUCUAUUCUUAACUUAUUCAAUGUUUUCUCAGACAGUAGCAGAAAUUACAUUUAUCGACGAUCAUCGGAGGUAGAGGGCGCAGCAAAAGCCAGAAAGGCGUCGUUUUAGCGUAAGUCUUAGACAUACGAGUACAAUCUUAGAUACGAGAGAACGAAGAUUUUAUAGAAACGUGCACAGCACAAGUAGUUAAUUCUCCACGUACUUAUUAAUCCUACAUAUUAGUUUGAUUAAAGUGAAAAUAUUUAUGUAUAUUACAUAAAUGUAUAAAUGAUUAUCAAUGAUUAGUUAUAUCAAAGGUUUUGGACAAGUCGAGAACAUUUAAUAAUCACAUCUAUGGCUACUGAUAUUUGUUUACUUCCUUUAUCAGAUUAUUUGGAGGAUUUCCUGUAGAUUUAUCAUAACGUGUACGAAGUACACAUUAUGAUUCAGAUCCAAUUACUUAAUAAUUCCUUAUUUAUUUUCAAUGGAUUUGGUCUGUUAAAGCCAGAAGGUUUAUAUAUUUCAUCUUUAGAAGCUACAGAAUAUCUUCUUAAAAGAGGUGUGUUAACUGCACCAAUUUCUGGCUGAUCAAUAUUAUUAUACUAGUGAUCGUAUCCUGCAUACUCAAUUGAACCUAGAUUGUGAUACAUGAAUUCACAUUUAUAGUCAUUUAAUUUCCAAUAUCCAUUUUAUAAAAUCCAUAAAAGCAACUGGAACAUUAACGGCUAUUAAAAAGAACGAUUUACGUAUAUUAUGUAUUUUAAUUCUUUUUGAAUAUGAUAAAAGAAAGCAGGUAACUAUAAGAUAUUAAUUACCUAGUAUAUAUUUUUUGGUGUAGAGUUUAAAUAUUUAGGAGAUCAUGAAAUUUGAAUAUAAUGUAAAUUCAGAAUAAAACUUUCUAAAUAUUAUAUAUGUGAACAUGUAAAAUAUUUAAUACUAAUCUAAGCUAUAUGACCAUUAUAGGCAGUUAACAAUGUAUGUAGUGAAAAAGAAAAUUUUUUGGUUUGCUAUAAUUUCUCGUGCAUUAAUACUAAUCUUACAAUUCCUUUUUAAUAUUAUAUGUCCUGAUCACAAUGCUGAUGCUUUUAGAAGCCCUCAUGAUAUUCAUGAAUAUGUUUCUAAUUAUGAUAUUAUGAUUAAAUUUAUAUUUGGUGGUUUAAUAAGAUGGGAUGGAGAAUAUUUUAUACAUAUAGCAAAAUAUGGAUAUACAUAUGAAAACAUGCUUGCUUUUUAUCCAUUAUAUCCUGCAACUAUUCGAAUUACUGCAAUAAUAAUAAGAAAAAUAUUUUUUGUAUUAAAUGUUCAUAGCUCUUUAAUCGUUGCAGCAAUAUUAAUUAAUUAUGUCUGUUUCAUUAAAUCAGUUUCUAUUUUUUUUGAUCUUAGUAAAAUAGUACUGAAAAAUACUAAUAUAGCAUACAAAGCAGCAAUAUUGUAUUGCAUAAGUCCAGCUAGUAUAUUUUUUUCUGCUGCAUACACUGAAUCAAUGUUUGCAUAUUUCACUUUUUAUAGCAUGUUGAAAAGUGUUCAAAAUAAUAUAUAUACAAUUUUUCCUUUGGGAUUAUCUACUCUUAUAAGAUCAAAUGGCAUUAUAAAUAUCGGAUUUUUGAUAUAUUUUAGAUUUAAAAAUAUGUUUAAUGCAUUAACAGUAGAAAUUAGUUCUAAAGACAAAAUAUCCUUAAUAAAAUUAUGUAAUUUAGUUAUAAAAAAAAGAUUUAUACAAAGUAUGUUUCUAUUAUUGAUUAUAGUGAUUUUAACUUUACUUCCAUUUAUUCUUUUACAAAUAUAUAAUUAUGUGAUAUUUUGUAAAAUAACAUUAAAUGCGCCGAUAUUACCAACUCAUAUUGUAAAUUAUGCUACAAAAAAUAAUUUAGUAUUGCAAUAUAAUGCGACUUCUUCUACAUGGUGUCAUGCAAAAAUACCUAUAGCUUAUUCUUACAUACAAGAGAAAUACUGGAAUGUUAGUUUCUUAAAUUAUUAUAAAUUAAAGCAGAUUCCAAAUUUUAUUUUAGCUUUUCCAAUAUUAUAUAUAAUGAUAAAAUGUAUUACAGAAUUCUAUUCAGAACACAGAAUGCACUUUUUUUCUUUAGGACUUAUAGAUAUAAAAUAUGAAAAAAAUAUAUCAGAAAAGAAAUACCCAGCGGAGAUGUUUGUGUUUGUAAUACAUGGACUUUUUUUAACAGUAUUUUGUAUUUGUUUUGUACAUAUUCAAGUAAGUACACGUUUAUUAUGUUCUGCUAGUCCUCUUGUAUAUUGGUAUUGUGCAUUAUCUUUAUCUUAUGUACCACAAUUUGAGAAUCUAAGUGAUUCAAUAUGCAAGAAUGGAGAAAACUUGAUUUCUAAAUGGAAGAUGUUAUUUUCGUUUAAGCAAAAAUAUACUUUAAGAGAUAAGCUUAUAUUAUUUUAUUUUUUAGGAUAUACAAUCAUAGGAUGUUUUAUGUUUGUAAAUUUUUUGCCAUGGACAUAAUUACUAUAUAA